CUCUUUCUCUCUCUCUCUCUCUCUCUCUCUCUCACUCCCUCUCUCUGUUUUUUUGUUUGUCACUCUGUGUGUUUGUUUCUCCUAUGAACCUCUGCUCAUGGAUCUCGUCCUCUCUGCUCCAGUAUUAGAGAUCAGGGUUCAAAUCUUUAUUUGGAGAAGAGAGUGAACAUUUGUCCAGCUGUGGAAUCUCUUAACACUUUACUUCCCUCUGAUUACACUGUCUGGAUUUUGAUUAUGGUGGUUGGAAUAUGCAGUAAAAGCAACACUGCCACCUACAGGACGACCAUCAGACUGCGAGCUGAUCUUGGGUGAACUGCUGCCAUCAUGGUACUUUCCAUACGUUUCCUUCUGCUCCUGGUGGCUCACAGUGUUUCAGCUGUUCACAAAGAGAGACAGGCCCUGUACCACGUCCACACUGUUCACUUCAGUCCUUUCCACAAUACCAAUCAUGGCACUGAGCUCACUGCAGCUGUGCUGACUGAUGGAGAGAACAUGGUUUCAGAAUGGACGGAAGACUUCUGGAGUAGAACAAGAAUGAAGAAGCAGAAAGUUCCACGGGAAUUUGAAGUUUUUAUCGACCUUCUGGAGAUCAGCUAUAAUGAUACUGGCGACAUAGUAAAGAGACAUGACUGUGAGGUUGAGAGAUCCUCUAGUGGAGAUGUGACCUUACUGAACCCUACAGCUGAAUGCAGACUCAAUGGAAAGGUCAUCCUCCACUUUAAUGUGGACACUGUUCAGUGUGUGGUGCUGGACAGUGAGCUCCUUCCAGCUGAAGUAGUGCCAACUGGUUCACCCAGCCUGAGUCAAAUCUACAAGGAAUAUUUGGUGCAGAGGUGUAUGGAGGAGAUCCUCGGUUACCUGGAUGACCAUGAGGACAGCAGAAGAACUGAUGUGACCCCAAGUUCUGAAGAUGAGGACUUCAUUUCUGGAAACAUGUUGCUUCUCUUGUGCAUCAUCGUUUGGGUGUUUUGGAGAGAAAGAAAUAAGGAUCACACAGAAGUGGAGCUCGUUGAAUGUAAUGCAAGCAUUUCCCUGCUUGACCCGUCAUUCUACACUGAAUGGAUUCAUUCGAUCAUUUUCCGCAUUAAGAAAAAGAUGAGAAAAAGGAAAGUUGGGAAACCUCCAGUUAAUAGUGCUUACAGAGAAGAUUUAAAUGUGAUGGAUUUCAAUGACGAUCAUGAUGCACGAGAUGCAGACCAAACAGAGAGAAGAUCCGUGGCUUCAAUGGACAUUCCUCUAACUUUGGGGCAGUUCGCUGCUUCAAUGGACAUUCCUCUAACUUUGGCUGGAGAAGAUGAUUGUGGUCAGAUAAGGAAGAUUGUAAUCAGUAAAGACAAACUAACUCAGACUGCGAGACUGAUCACAGCUGGAGGACAUCUUGGAUCUAGAACCAUCUCUGUCCCUGCAUUUGAGAUGGAGGGAGAGGAAAGUGACCACAGGGGUGAAACAAAUCCCCAGGAUCCUUUGCUGCUGGCACUGAUAGAAAGAUUUGCUGCUUCCAUGGACAUUCCUCUAACUCUAGCUGAGAAUGAUGAUACUCAGAAGCUCAGUGAGGAUGGACUGGCUCAGACUGCAGGACUGACCACAGCUGGAGGAAGAUCGAAUUUCAUCCAUGCCUCUCUGCCAAAUCUAGAGAGAAUCGACUCCUCUGACUCUCAGUGAGAUGAUUCCAGAAGAGGAGGCUGUUACUCAGCGGUACAGCUACACCUGAAGAUCUCAUCUUAGAGAAGAUCAUCACAGUCUCUAUCUUAAAAUCAAAGCAACCAAUCAGGAUACCCACCGCCCACCAAGACCAUUACCACUACCACCACCAAUACCACCACCACCACCACCACCACCACAAACGUAAUCUAUUGACCAAGACAAGUCAAUGGUUCUCUACUUUUAGGCCCGGGGAACACCAAUCAGAUGUUUAAGUACUAUAUAUGUAUGUAACUAGAUUUGGGCAAUUGAACAUGAAAUAUAAGUAAAUGCUUAUAUUAUAUGUUCGCCAUCUCUCUCAGCCAACCGCAGUCACAGACUCAACACCCUAGGCCAAAACAGUGCUGACCAGGACCGUCUGCUGUCAUCUAGACUACAGCUGACAGUCGGCCACUGACGUUCACCAGCGGCCUCUCAGAGUCCAAUGGCUGACAGUUGGUUUGGUGUUUCCUGGGCCUGACGCCCGAUUCACACAUCCUACAUCUGUUUGGUUUCUUUGCAUCGUGAACAAGUCCUUCCGAUUGAAGGAUAGUUCUAUAUAGAACCUCUUUGAAAAUUUACACACACUGUACCUAAUAUACAUACAAAGACAGAGUAUCAGUGUCAGAACCUUCACAAUACAUCUAUAUAUAAUUAUAUAACUAUCAUUGUGUUUGACAUCAAAAAGACAAAGUCAGCUACAAGGUCAGCUGUCAUUUCACCCCAGACAGAACCCGUCCCUCCACACAGGUGUGAUGUCAACUUGACAGAAACAGCCUUUAUGACCACUGCAGCCUUUUUGUAAUGAGCCUUUAUAAAUGUUUAUGAAGGUUAUGUCAACUGCCAUGAAAGGCUUAUGCAGCUUGGCAUGUAGCCUUAUGAGCACUGACCUACAGUGCAGUGUUAUAUUUUAUUGUACACUAAAAGGAAAAAUAAACAGUGUAACG